AUCUGCCUGAUCAAAACCCAACGGCGUUGCAAUCACUGUCGAUCAUCUUUGUGCUUAAUUUUUAUUCUUUCAAAAGCUGUCUUCUCUCCAGAUAUAAUUUCUGAAAAGCUUCAGUUUGAUUCCCUCACGGAAUUGAAGAUUGUAAGCAGCAGUAUUUUUUAUUAGCGCUAUCUGCGGACUUUAGCCUAGUUUCUCUUUGCCCAGCAUAUAUUUCAGCAGCGCCCAGCAACAAUCCUGCUUGAUGUAAGUGCUUCUCACCAACUCGUUCAUACUUGCCGUUAUUAGACGAACCGGCCCUUUUUUGUUCAAUCGGUUCCAAAUUCAAGACCAUCCGUGCCGUGAUUUGGGUUGACUCGCAUAUGUCGGUAGUACAAUCGAAAUUCCCGUCACACCAUCUCAGUUCUUGUACAUCAUGGACCCAAUCAGCGCCGUCGGAAUAGCUCUCAGUGUAGCAUCCUUGGCUGGUCAACUGUUUACAGGAUGCAUUCAAGGUACGCGAUUUCCUUGAUCUUUCGAGGCACUUUAUUGGAUGUUGAUUUUGCUAUUAUCAGGGAUUCAAUUUAUAAUCACAGCAAAGAAUGUACCUGAAGAGUCAAAGUACUACAAUUUGAGAUUGCGGAUGGAACAGCAGAGAUUAUUUGCAUGGAGUGAGACUUCCGGUCUACUAGACCUUGAGAAUCAAAAUAGCCAGAAAAUCCGCGAAUCCAAUACAUUUGUCAUUCAUCGGACCACCAUCCUAGACCUUCUUGUUCAAAUCGAAUGCUUAUUCAAGGAAUUUGAGAAUGCCCAGAGAAAAAAUAAGCAUCUUAAGGUUAUCCUUGACUUCGUUUCGGAUGAAAACUUUAUCGAUCCAGCCAAAGACGCCUCUAGUGCUAAUGUACCGCUGUCUGAAUCAAGAAGGAAAUUCAUAAUGAAAGCUAUGAAAUCCCUCAAGAAAAAUGCCACAUAUAAUAUUACUGAAGGAGCACGGCGCCUUUGGUGGACUGCCUUCGACAAAGAAGCAUUUGAGAUGCUUCUUCAACGAUUCUCCACACUAAAUGAUAACAUGACGAAUAUCCUUGACACCCGUUUGCAAACUGAGAUUCAUCGGACAACUCAAGACACAAACCGAGGAGUACUACAGCUCCACAAAGACCUUUCCUCUCUCUGUCAAUUGGUAAUGGCUCUGGAUAUAAAGAUUGAUGCCCGGACAAACUAUACUCCAUCAAUUACACAUGAGUAUGCGGAUGACAAUAGCUCAGGUUUGAAACUCUUGUCCCAGCUUGCCAAGUUCAAAGCAUUCAACGAAUCAAUAAAUCCCACAACCGAAAGUUCAACUUGGGAUGAGGCAACAGGGGAAGCUCUUUCAUUGGGAAGGCCUGAUGAUGAGAGAGUGGGUCUCCAGAUUGACAAGUCAAGCAUCAAGUUUGCUCUAGGUGAAGCUUUAAUAGAAGCAAGUGCUAUUAGAUGCGAGGCUACAUAUUUCCACGACGAUAUUGAAGAACCAGUAUGGAUCGAAUGGAAAGAAUAUGAUUGUAGCCCUAACGCUACCUCUCCAUCACCUCUUAUAGUGGACCGUGUCCAGAAACUUGCUGCACUCCUUCAUCAUGAGCCAAAACCAGAAGCUUUCCGUGUCCCUCAUUGUCUCGGCUAUUUCGAUAAUCUUGCACCCCAACCUACUCUACUCUCUACCGACUCCGAAGAAGAUGAACCACCAGAGGCACGCAUCGGACUAGUCUUUCGGAAGCCGGCUUCGAUCAAUACCUCGCCCAUUUCUCUCAUCCAAUUGUUCUUGAAUUACCCCAAACCACGCAUCACAGAUCGUAUAAAAUUAGCUCACGCACUUUCAAAUUGUUUAUUAUAUCUACACUCCGUCAAUUGGCUUCAUAAAGGGCUUCGUUCGCACAAUGUAGUAUUCUUUCCAGUCACACCAAAGGAUGAUGGACGUCAAAUUGUGAUUUGGGACCAAGUGUAUUUAAGUGGCUUUGACUUUGCCCGACCAGCGAGGAAGGAUGAAACGACAGAAGUUCCAGGAGACGGUGAGGAGCAUAAUAUGUAUAGACAUCCAAGUACCCAAAACAUUGGGUUUGGCCCAAGAGAGAGUAAGCUUUCUUCUCCCCACAAACAUGAUGAUCGGUGAUCCUGAUGAUAAUUAUAGGCUACCGGAAAAGCUUUGACAUAUAUAGUUUUGGUGUCGUACUAGUUGAACUGUGUUUCUGGAAAUCAAUAACAGAGAUCGUGACCGAAAUCAGCGAGCGACCAUCUAAAAGAGCAAAAAAUGUGCAAGGAAUUCUUAUGAGCGAGGACAUGCUAUCAAAAAUAGGAGGAGAAAUGGGCGAAGUAGUGGAAGAAGUUGUAAGGAAGUGCAUAGUGGGUGGCAAAGAGUUAGGUAUAGAAGAUGGAGAAGAUGAAAUGGGUGAUGAAAGAGUCGCCUCAAAACUCGGAAUGAGGUUUUUCGAAAAUGUAGUCAAAAAGCUAGGCGAUGUCAAAGUCUAAAACAUAUACGUACCUCGGAGUAUCAAUACAUAUGAAGCCUCAAAUGAACUUAGAUGCCCCACACCUUCAACCGCGGUUGA